AUGGCAUAUGCACAUCAUCCUAAUCUGCAGCAGUCUUUUACGCUUCUACCCAAGUUAGCAACCAUAACUACCUCGCCGUAUAUCCCUCGCUUCUACAACAAAAGGCUAAGAGCGUUGCUCCCGUUUCUACUUUUACUGCUAUGUCUAUACAAGAGUAUCACAAUUUUCAUUACUACCAACAUCAAUCAAGCACAACUCGAGGAGAGUGCGUUGGAACUACACAAGGAGUCCAACUUCAACCCCAAAAAUAUUGCAUUAGACUUGUACAACUAUGUCAUUGAACGGGAGCACUCACUAGAUUCAAAAAUCGGUGACUCGAAUGGUAUAUAUUUCCACUGGGACGACUGGGUAGAUUUGUCAGUUGCGAAUCAUUUGUUGAAUCCAGUCCGGAUGGCGUUUCCUCUGGGAGAUUGCGACCCCUCAUUGGUUGAAUAUGGUUCAGUAAGCGCUCACCAGUUGGAGGCAUUCCACACAAAGGUGCAACGUGGUGCUGCCAAUUUAUACUGUCUGCAUCCGAUACCUCGGCGAGUUGUCAUCACUACUGACGAAUCGUUUAUUGAGGUGCCUGUGAUUGGGAAAAAAAGAUUUGGAAACCAUAAAAUGAAACCAGUCAAGUCGGACCUUUUGGUAAACAAAAUGAAGCAGUUGCCAUCACAAAAACCAGUCGUCAAUUUACAAAAACGAGUAGAGAUUGACCCCACCGAUUUCAUUUUCAAGCCCGAUGUUGUUAUAUUUGGUUUACAGGAGAAAUUAAACAACCGCACCAUCACGCAAGAGGAUUUGGAAUACCUCGAGUUCUUAGAGUACUCAAACAACCACCUAGUCGAUUACACUGGCCGUUAUUUCAAGUACCCUUGGAUCUACACAGAUAUUAUAGAAGGGAAAUCUCAUCACAUUGCUUACCCGUUCUUCAAGAGAUAUAUUAGUGAUCGUGAACGCCAAAGUGUCUUGCAUCAUAUUAUUCGCGCAUGGUUUCAAUUUGCUGAGGUGAAUGGAUUUGCCAGCUGGAUUAACCAUGGGUCAUUAUUAGGCUGGGCUUUUAAUGGCUUAAACAUGCCCUGGGAUACUGAUAUCGACGUUCAAAUGCCAAUUGCUCAAUUGGAUAGAUUGGGUAGAGAGUUUAACCGCACCUUGGUUGUGGAGAACCCCCGGUAUGGUAAUGGCAGAUACUGGUUGGAAGUGGCUCCAACCUAUAUUCGCCAGGGUAACGGCAAGAACUUUAUAGACGCGAGGUUUAUUGACAUACAAAGUGGAUUGUACAUUGAUAUAUCAGCAUUGUCCCAUACUGAAGUACCCCCACCAACCAGCGAUAAAGAUGAUCUCAGCACAAUGUUAGUUCACUGUAAAAACUGGAAUUGGGAGUCGUUGGCUGAAUUGUUGCCCAUCAGACACACAUAUUUUGAAGGUGCGUCUGUGUACAUCCCCCACAAGGUCAAGGAACCAAUGAAGCAUGAAUAUGGAGCCAACGCCAUGAGAAAUCAUCAUUUCAAUAACCACAACUAUCAACCCGACCUCAGUCUUUGGGUCAGUGAUCAAGUGUGCGCCAAUCCUCCUCCAGCUGAAACCCGUUUCAAUGAUUUUCACCAAUUGACGAAGGAAGGUGCAUGCGAUUCGAAAGUCUUGCUUGAUGAAUAUAACAUCGCCAAGGAAUGUAUACAACGCCAUCACGAACUAAAUCAGGAUUCAGAUAUGCCAAAAUCUUAUGACAUCACAGAUAUGGGUGAUUUACCAAUUUUUAGAAAAGAUGCCUGGGACUACUACUACGAUAUUAACCACAACUUGGUUGAACAUGACAACUGGUAUGUACCUUUAAUUUCCACUUUAGUCAGACAACUUAUGCCGAAGGUCUACAUAACCGGUGCCUUUGGGUUUAUCGCCCAGCACAUUGUCAAGCUCCUUCUACAAUCACAAUAUGACGUGGUAGGGACUGUUCGAUCAAAAGAAAAAGGAGAAAAGUUGGCCAAAUCAAUCAACAACACCAAAUUUCAAUAUGUGGUAGUGGCCAACAUUGCCGCACCAAAUGCAUUUGACGAAUCCUUGAAGCAGCAUAGCGACGUCUCAUAUAUACUACACACGGCAAGUCCAUUCACUUACACCACUACCAACCCCGAGCAAGACUUGAUCGUUCCGGCAAUUGAAGGCACACGCAACAUUUUAAAUGCGGCUGAUCAAUAUGCACCGCAAUUGGUUCGGUUUGUCCUUACUUCAUCUGAUGCUGCCAUCUACUCCAAUGUUGACGAGAGAAAUAACAAGCUCGUUUUUGAUGAACAGUCUUGGAACAAUAUCAAAUAUGAAGAUGCGACGGUCGAUGCAGUGACGGCGUACUACGGAGCCAAAUCAUUUGCCGAAAAGUUGGCAUGGGAGUUUAUGGAGAUGAACAAGCCAACUUUCGCUUUGGCUGUGGUUAAUCCGUCGUAUGUGUUUGGUCCACAAGCAUACCAUUGCGAUCCAAACCAUCUUAAUGAGUCAAAUGCUAUGAUUGGUGACUUGUUAAAGGGCAAUGGCUCAUUUGAUAAUGAAGUUGGUGGGUUUAUUGAUGUUCGUGACGUUGCCAAAGCUCAUGUGUUUGCCAUGUCGAAUGAUCAAGCUGUCGAUUGUCGGUUGUUUAUGAAUAAUGGCCAAUUUAGCACGCAAAUGAUUUUGGAUAUUAUCAAUGAGAAAUGGCCAGAAUUGAAUUUACCAAAGGGCAACCCUGGUAGUGGGCCGGAUGAUAUCAAGGUUUUGGGGCGUGUUAAUAACUCGGCCACAAAGAAGCUCUUGCCGUGGGAGUUUCUUGAUUUGAGAACGACCGUGGUUGAUACAGUUGAACAGAUUUUAUCUAGUAAAUAG